AUGGCUGUUGUUCUAGCCUCAUUGGCAGACGCAUCUCAUCACCUUUGCCCGUACCUUCCAUCUCGGCUCCCUGCCAUCGUUACUGACCUUCAGGAGAGACUGGAUAACAAGUCAAUUGUGCAGCAACUUUUCGACUCUCAGUCGCUGAGAAACUUCCAUUUGAUCGAGGACGCUGAACCAUUGACUUCUACACAAGACGAGGAUGCUUCUGAGCCCAUAUCUGCUCGUCCAAUGUCUUGCGAUGACCUGAUCGAACUGUGUGAAGCAUCGCGUAACACUCUUUCAACUGCAUCGGGUUUGAAUCAUUGUGGCCCUGCAAGUUUCGAACUCAUCAGCGCGAGACUGAGCUCCAUGUUUUCCAGCUUCUCUUGUCUUGCACUCUGCUUCUCUGACAACCCUAUGGGUGUCUGUGGAGACUUAGAUAUUCCUCAUUGCGCAAUACAUCGUACUAGAUUGCAUAACGCUCUCGAGACGGUGCAUGCACUUGGUUCAGAUGCAUCGAAUGUUGUCUUUGAUUCCAUGUGGAAAUCUUUAGAGCCGCUGUUUGAAAGCCCCUUUGACACAAGCAAACGGAGUCCAAGGAUUUUCCAGACAUUUCCCUCCGAUCGCAAAGGCUCGCAUGUCUCAGGUGUAGUGUAUUGUGCUAUCCACGCACUCACUUCCUUCGUUCCUCGUGCCGGGAGGGACACGUGGGCUAUGGUAUGGUCCACGAUUAUUCAUGGCAAAGCAUACGGUAAGCAGAGAAGCGUCAAACCAGGGCCGUCUUCGACGUCUUGGUUGGAAGUCCUUGAUGCUUUGGAGCAAGAGUCUGCUUUGCGUAUGGCGAAGCGCCUAAUCCGGGCGAUUGGCGCUAGGACGUGUCUUGAAGAGACUCUGUCCGCCUGCAGUACGGAGGAUGCAAAGCCAGAUUCAAGACUGGGGAUAUGGCGGACUACGCGUAGGAUCAAAGAGUCUGUCGCCGGUUUUUUGAUCCAAGAGGAGCAGAGUAUACGCUUGGCUCACUUCGGGGCGGAGUCUAGAGACGAGAUACGACACGGUGGGGAACUUGUCGGUACCACGUCUCUUAUCUGGCUUGAAUGGCUUCGAAAAUGCUUUUUAAAGGAGUGGGAUGGAUCUCUGCAGAUCAAUAGAUGGAGUGUUGCCGGCUCGGCACUCGAGCUGAUCGAGGAUCUUUGGAAACACCACGGUCGGACACAGCUAGAUAUACCUGCGAAGUUAUUCACGAUUUCCGCGCUAUUCGAAUAUCUUGAUGUCGACAAAGCAGCACAAGACUGGUUGUCGUAUAGAUCAGAUCCUAACAUUCGUCAUUUGUUAUCGUUCAAGUUCCUUUUCGAUACUAGGGUAACAACCCCUCUGGUCCGGGCGUCUCAUCACAUUCUUAUGCGGCGAGCGUACAACGAAGCGGAUGCUGUAUUGCAUCUGCGUCGCAGAACAACACUUCAGUCGACCCUCCAAGAUAUCGUCUACUUGGAUCAGCGUCUGAAAACGGCUCAAGACCAUUACCUCGUAUUGAAAAUCAACAGACAAUCAGUUCUAUCUGACGCCUUUGAUCAGCUUUGGCACAGAGAGAGGCGAGAAUUAUUGCGACCACUCAGGGUUCGUAUGGGGAUUGACGAAGGUGAAAUUGGUCACGACCUUGGAGGUGUUCAGAUCGAAUUUUUCAAGCUCGCUUGUCAAGAACUGUUCGACCCCAGUUACUCCCUCUUCUCAAUCGACCCUCUGACUCGUCUGGCCUGGUUUCAGCCUGCAACGAUGGUACCACUCUACAAGUAUCAAAUUGUUGGUCUGCUAUUCGCUCUUGCCAUCUAUAAUGGUAUCACGCUGCCAGUUUCCUUUCCUCUGGCCUUUUAUAAGAAACUUCUUUUCCAACAACCCAACGAAGCCGACUUCAGGGAAGGUUGGCCGAAUUUAGCCGGGUCUUUGCGAUUUAUGCAAAUAUACCAGGGCUCUGUAGAAGAGGAUCUGGCUCGAGACUAUGUCUACAGCUUUGAUGCCAAUGGCUUGAAUCUGGAUGUGUGCAUGAAUGACCCGUGGGAUGGUUGGUCAUUGUCUGACAAGAUCAAGCUAGGCACAAGUAUGGGCUUGGGUCGAUUGAAGGUGAUGUCUCAAAACCCAGACCGGUACCAUCCUCCAUAUUUGUCUGGACAAAGUCCAGUUGACGACGUCCAUCAGCAACUGCCUCUGAAUGGGACGUCGAACGAGACGGAAGACUCACACUUGACAUCUCAGUCCGAGUUGGCCCCGUCAGAUGCUUCUGUACCACUACAAGGCAAGUUCGAAUGGCCUGGUUGGAAGGCGGAAGUUGCGGGACCUGGCGAAACGGUCCAACCAGUUACGAAUGAUAACCGUCACGAUUACAUUUCGACAUAUCGUAAAUGGGUCAUGGACUGGUCCAUUAGGCCGCAAUUCAAUGCAUUCGCCAAAGGAUUUUUCUCGGUCAUGAAUCUUAGACCAUUGACACUCCUGAAUGCCGACCAAUUCCGAAAUCUAGUCGAGGGAUACAACCAUCUUGACAUCGAUGCCUUGCAACAGGCAGCGACUUACAAUCAUUAUACAGCAGCCUCACCUGUCGUUCGUUGGUUCUGGGAGGUCGUCAAAGCAUAUCCGCAAGAGAAGCAAAAGCAAUUGCUGGAAUUCGUUACAGCAAGCAAUAGAGUACCCAUCAAUGGAGCUGCGAGCUUGACUUUCGUUAUCGAGAGAAGUGAUGCCGAGACGAGUGCAUUGCCUGGAAGCAGCACUUGUUUCGGCACGUUGAGGCUUCCUGAAUACGAAAGCAAGGAGAUUCUUGCGAGAAAAUUGGAUAUUGCAUUGGAACAUUCAUUGGGAUUCGGACAAGCAUAG